AUGCGCUUCUCGGAAAUCUUGGCUGCCUCGUCAUUGGUGGCAGCACCGCUCGUCGCCGCUCAUGGUGAUGUCCCCCAUGCCCCCAAGAUAUGGGGUUUGGGACCGAAUCCGAUGCAGAAGUUAAAGGGGAGGAACUUCGCUGGACCGGCUGCACGACGUGCUGCUUUGCCUCAGCAUGCACCUCAAUUGAACAAGCGCCAGGGAGGAGCAGAUGGACGAUGUGGUCCCGAGGGCGGAGGCGCAAGCUGUGACGAAGGCUACUGCUGCUCAUCUGCCGGAUGGUGCGGUAAUACCGAGGAGUACUGCAUGGCUCCCGACUGUCUGUUCAAUUAUGGACCCGCUUGCGAUGCGAACAAGGUCCCCAAUGGAGCCGACACCCGGAACAUUGCUCGUCCUCAGCUCGGAUCGGUUCCCUAUGGUGGCGAGGGGAUCUAUCAAUGCACUGUCCCCGGCACUGUUGCUAUCACCUACGAUGACGGUCCUUACAUCUACACCAACGAUGUUCUGGACCAAUUCGCAUCGUAUGGCAUGAAGGCCACUUUCUUCAUUACCGGAAACAACAUCGGCAAGGGUGCUAUUGAUGACGCCUCGACGCCCUGGCCUGCCGUCAUUUCCCGCAUGCUCUCCGAAGGACACCAAGUUGCCAGCCACACCUGGUCUCACCAGGAUCUCAGCGCUAUCACUCAGGCGCAGCGUAUCGACCAGAUGGUGCACAACGAGAUGGCCAUCCGCAACAUCAUCCAAAAGUUCCCCACUUAUAUGCGCCCACCGUACUCCUCUUGCACGGCCGCCUCUGGAUGCCAGUCUGAUCUGGCGGAUCUCGGAUACGUCGUUUCCUACUUCAACCUGGACACCGACGAUUACAACAACGUCACUCCUGAUCUUAUCCAGAACGCCAAGGACAACUUCUACGACGCCAUCAACCCCAGCAACCCGUCGAACGAUGAUUUCCUUGCCAUUGCCCACGACAUCCACCAGCAGACUGCUCUGAACCUCACUGGCUACAUGCUCGGCUUGCUCCAGCAGAAGGGCUACAGGGGCGUCACCAUGGGCGAGUGCAUGGGCGAUCCUGAGGCUAACUGGUACCGUGACUCCUCUGGUACCGUUGUUACGUCGACCUCCGCCACUCCUUCAGCUACCCAGUCUGGUUCCUCUACCCUGACUCCGCCUACUGCUACGCCCGGUACUUCAACCGACCACUGCGGUACCGGCUGCAACCCCUUCUACGGCAACUGCGGCUCCAGCUCCGGCGGCUCUUCCACCGUCGCUCCUUCCAGCACCCCGGCCACUUCUACUCCGACAUCCACCCCCACGGGCUUGACCUCCUCACCUGAUGGCACCUGUGGUCCCAACACGGCCUAUACGUGCAUCGGCUUUGAGCUUGGCGAGUGCUGCUCCACCUAUGGCUGGUGUGGUAACACUGCGGAUCACUGCGGCACUGGCUGCAAUCCGCUUUAUGGAAACUGCGGCUCUUCUGUCAGCACGAACGGCAAAUGCGGGACCAAGAACGGAGGUAUGACGUGCAAGGGGUAUAAGGGCUGGUAUGGCAGGAGCGAGGAGUGCUGCAGGUGGGAUGGGAAGUGUGGUGGUGAUGUGUUUUCGUGUGGCAUGGGAUGCCAGAAGAAGUUUGGCAAGUGCUGGUGGUAG